AUGUCUCAAAAAUCAAUCUCGCAGGGAAAUGAUUCGAAAACGAAAUCAAAAACCCCAAUAAAAGAUGCAAAAACUCUUACAAGUCUGGACUCGCCACCUGUUAAAAAGUCUCGCCGCAGAGUAGCAAGAGUUCUUGAUGACAGCAGUGAUGAGGAAAAUGAUGCAAUGGACACWAGUUCAGCUCCACCUGUAGCAAAUGGACACUCAAAUGAUCAAAAGGAAGAAAUAGUGAAUGAAAACAUGGAUUCUAAAGAGGAUGAAAAGCCGCAAGAAAAUGGACAUAGUGGAAGUGAYGAAAAGAUGAGCUCACCAUCGUCAAGCACAGAAGAAAAUAUACCAAAACGAACAACAGCAAGAAAACACAUGAGAAAAAGAAAGGCACCAGCUGAAAAUUCAGAUGUCACCAAGAAAGAGGCAACAAAUAACAAGACUAAUAAUGAAGAAGAACCAAAGCAAACUCAAAAACAAGAAGAAAAUAAAGGUGGAGUUCGCAGUCCUGCUGCAAAGAAAACCAAAGUGGAAAAAACACCUGACGAAGAUAAAAAACCCAACGAAAAACUUAAAAAACAGAAAAAGAAGAGCAGUCAAGGGUCAAGUAGUGAUUCUGCWGAUAAUAAAAGUGAWAGCUCACCAGACAAGAAAAAARCCAAUACAAAGACAACACCAACUAAUAAGGAGGCAAAAAAAGCUGUUUCUGAUUUGGAUGAUGAAAAGGAGGAAGAUAGUAAGACUGCURAACCAAAGAAGGCCAUUAGUAAUUUCUUCUCUCCACGGCAACCAGCAAAGAAAGACAAGCCAAAACAAGAAAAAAACAAAGAAAUAGUAGUCAAGAAGGAAAAAGAAUCAAAAGAAUCCCUAAAAGACACUGAGAAAGACAGUAAAGAGGACAGCCAAAAACCAGUUGAUGCAGCURAUUAUAAUCCUGAGAAAAAUUACUAUCAUCCAAUUAAGAGUGCAUGCUGGCGUCAUGGAGACAAAGUGCCAUAUUUGGCUAUUGCAAAAACAUUUGAAGCGAUUGAGGAGACAUCAGCUAGGUUGAAAAUCAUGUCAACCCUCAGUAAUUUCCUGCGGUCUGUCAUAGCCUUGUCACCUAAUGAUCUUCUCCCUUGUGUCUAUCUCUGUUUAAACAAGCUUGCACCUGCAUAUGAAGGCAUAGAACUUGGAAUUGGUGAUAAUGUUUUAAUGAAAGCUGUGUCAGAGUCAACAGGACGUAGUAUUCAACUCAUUAAAUCAGACUUAGCAGAGAAAGGAGACYUGGGGCUGGUGGCUGAGUCAUGCCGGACUAACCAAAGAACAAUGUUUGCUCCACCAAAACUAACUGCGGUUGGGGUUUACACAARGUUAAAAGAAAUUGCCAUGUUAACUGGUCAUUCAUCAAUGACAAAAAAAGUUGAUAUCAUCAAAGGAAUGUUCGUUGCUUGUCGUCACUCAGAAGCAAGAUAUUUGAUAAGAUCUCUCAGUGGUAAAUUACGUAUUGGUCUUGCAGAGCAGUCGGUACUUACAGCUCUUGCUCAUGCAGCUGURCUCACGCCACCAAGUGAAGACUUUCCUCCAUCUGUGAUUGAUGCAGCAAAAUCACUAUCAACUGAUGAAYUGAAGAAACAGAUGGAUGAGGCUGCAAUGAUUCUAAAAUCUGCAUACUGUGAACUUCCAAGUUAUAACAAAAUUAUCCCUGCUGUUCUCAAACAUGGCGUGAAAGAAUUACCAAAGACAUGCUAUCUYACUCCAGGUAUCCCAUUGAAGCCUAUGUUGGCCCAUCCCUCCAAAGGUGUAACCGAAGUGUUUAAAAGAUUUGAUGAUGCAGCGUUUACUUGUGAAUACAAAUAUGAUGGCGAACGAGCUCAGAUUCAUCUCCUGGAGAACGGAGAAAUACACAUCUACAGCCGCAACCAAGAAAACAAUACAACAAAGUAUCCAGAUAUUAUUGCAAGAAUGUCCAAGGCAUUCAAUGAAGAUGUCAAAUCUUUUAUCAUCGACACUGAAGCUGUUGCAUGGGAUAAGGAAAAGAAACAGAUCCUUCCCUUUCAAGUUUUAAGCACACGCAAAAGAAAGGAUGCAGAUGCAACACAAAUCAAGGUYCAAGUUUGUGUUUACGCGUUCGACCUAAUCUACCUGAAUGGGAUGUCUUAUGUCAAGGAGCCAUUCAGCGUACGAAGAGAUAAAUUACGUUCUUCAUUUCAAGAAGUAGAAGGGGAAUUCAUGUUUGCAAAGUCAAUGACUUCAACGAACACGGAAGACAUUGAAGAAUUCUUAGAAGAGUCAAUAAAAGGGAACUGCGAAGGCCUGAUGGUAAAAACGCUUGAUAAGGACGCAACUUACGAGAUUGCUAAACGAUCACACAACUGGCUGAAGCUGAAAAAAGACUACCUUGCUGACGUCGGCGAUACGCUCGAUCUAGUGGUCGUUGGUGGUUACCGUGGUAAAGGUAAAAGGACUGGCUCUUAUGGUGGAUAUCUYUUGGCUUGUUAUGACACUGAAAGUGAAGAAUUCCAGACUAUUUGCAAGAUUGGUACUGGUUUCACCGACGAGGUGCUGGACAAACAUUAUCAAUUCUUUAAAGACAAAAUCAUCGAGAAACCUAAAUCUUACUAUCGCUUUGAUGACGGCGUGGAGCCUGAGGUGUGGUUCGACGCUGUGCAGGUCUGGGAAGUGAGAGCUGCAGACCUUUCGAUUUCACCUGUUUAUAAAGCUGCAGCGGGACAGGUGGACCCCGUCAAAGGCAUAUCUUUGCGUUUUCCGAGAUUUCUUCGUAUUCGCGAUGACAAAAAGCCGGAAGAAGCAACAGACAGCUCUCAGGUCGCUGAGAUGUAUCGAAACCAGGAUAGCGUGAAGAAUAGCGCGGCCCAAGCAAACCUAGACGAAGAUGAUUUUUAUUGAGAUAAAAAGUUUGCAACAAGAAAACUGUAAACAAAACUCGAUAUACUAUUUAGUAAAUCAAAACGGUAAACGUUUAUAAUGGAAUUGAGUCGACAUUUGAACUCGCGUCGAACUGAAAGGCAAAUUGUAACAUUGUAUCUUUGUAAUAAAUUAUAUGAUAUAGUAC